AUGGAAACUCUGGAGUCGGAGCUGACGUGCCCGAUCUGCCUGGAGCUGUUUGAGGACCCUCUGCUGCUGCCCUGCGCUCACAGCCUGUGCUUCAAUUGUGCCCGCCGCAUCCUGGUCUCUCACUGCACCUCAGGUGAGCCGGCUGAGACCAUCUGCGCCUUCCAGUGUCCCACUUGUCGCUAUGCCAUCUCACUGAGUCCUCAGCGUGGCCUGGAUGCCCUCAAGCGCAACGUGACCCUCCAGAACAUCAUCGACCGUGUCCAAAGGGCUUCAACUUCGGCCACCCUUCUUCUCCCCGCCAGCGGACACAGCUCGCCAGGCGACUGUCAGGGCGCCAUGACCGCCACUGCCCCCUCUUCGCCCACCGACAUGGUACAGUGUCAGUUUUGUGAGCAGGAGCCGCCACAGUGUGCCGUAAAGACUUGUGUUACCUGUGAGGUUUCAUACUGCGAGGAAUGCCUGCGUGCUACCCACCCAAACAAAAAGCCGUUCACCGGACAUCGUCUCAUCGAGCCUUUGCCCGACUCGCACCUUCGAGGGCUGCAGUGCCUGGAGCACGAGGAGGAGAAGGUGAACAUGUACUGUCUUACGGACGAUCAGCUCAUUUGCUCUCUCUGCAAGCUGGUAGGACGUCACCGCGAUCACCAAGUGGCGGCACUGAGCGAGCGCUACGAGAAACUAAAGCAAAUGUUGGACUCAAAUCUCAGCCAUUUGAUUAAGAGGAGCAAUGAGCUGGAGUCACUGAUGGCAAAACUGAUUCAGACGUGUCAGCAUGUGGAGGUAAAUGCAUCCCGACAGGAGGGUAAACUGAUGGAGGAGUGUGACCUCCUGAUCAACAUAAUUCAGGAGAGGAGACAGAUUAUUAGUGCCAAAAUAAAAGAGGGAAAAACUGUCCGGUUGCGCAAACUAGCACAACAAAUUGCCAACUGCAAGCAGUGCAUAGAACGAUCCUCUGCUCUCAUAACACAAGCGGACCAGACGCUAAAAGAAAGCGACCAUGCACGCUUCCUCCAGACUGCCAAAAGCAUUUCAGAGCGAGUCUCGAUGGCCACAGCAUCCUCUCAGGUCCUGAUACCAGAGAUUAAUCUGACGGACACGUUCGACACCUUCGCCCUGGACUUUACCAGAGAGAAGAAGAUGCUAGAAACUCUGGAUUACCUGACAGCACCAAGUCCUUCAGGUAUACGAGAAGAGCUUUGCACAGCCUCCUAUGACACUGUAACUGUUCACUGGACAUCUGAUGAUGAGUUCUCAGUGGUUUCAUAUGAGCUGCAGUACACCAUCUUCACUGGCCAGUCCAAUAUUAUCAGUCUUUGCAACUCAGCUGAUAGCUGGAUGAUUGUGCCCAACAUCAAGCAGAACCACUACACCGUUCACGGCCUGCAAAGUGGCACCAAAUACAUCUUUAUUGUUAAGGCCAUUAAUCAGGCAGGAAGUCGCAACAGUGAACCUGGAACGCUGAAGACCAACAGUCAGCCAUUUAAACUUGACCCAAAGUCUGCUCACAGGAAGCUAAAACUAUCUCAUGACAAUCUGACCGUGGAGCGAGACGAGAUAUCGUCAAAAAGGAGCCACGGCCAGGACCGUUUCAGCAGCCAGAGCAGCUAUGGUGUCAUAGGGAACGUGUACAUCGACAGCGGCCGCCAUUAUUGGGAAGCUCUCAUUGGUGGAAGCACUUGGUAUGCAGUAGGCAUAGCCUACAAAGCUGCACCCAAGCACGAAUGGAUUGGAAAGAACCCGUUCUCAUGGGUGCUCUGUCGCUGCAACAACUCCUGGAUGGUGCGCCAUAACAGCAAAGAAAUGACCAUCGAUCCUUCACCGCAUCUGAGGCGUGUCGGCGUGCUUCUGGACUACGAUGCCGGCUCACUGGCUUUUUACGAUGCCGUUAGCUCUCAGCAUCUUCACACCUUCCACAUGACCUUCAGCCAGCCUGUCUGCCCUGUAUUUAAUAUAUGGAAUAAAUGUCUCACAGUUCUUACUGGCCUUCCAAUUCCAGACCAUCUGGAGGGUGUGGACUCUCUUGACUGAUAUGCGGCUACAUUUAACAGAGAAAAGUGGACAUCUCGGGCUGUUUAGGUUUGCUUUGACCAGCGGUGUCUAUCUUAAGCUAUUCCAAACCACCCUAUAAACCUCGGAUGAUCACUAGUCAGUUUAGGUUUCCUAUUAAUUACCGUCUCCUUAUAAAAGUAUGGACAGAGAGCAGUGAAAGGAAUUUCAGGUUGAGGUUUGAUUACCCCUGAACUAAAGAGAAGAAAAGUGUU